AUGGAUUUCGAUUCUUUUCAAUCAGACGAUUCAGAAUAAGAAUAAACAGAGCUUAACACUGAAACUUAGUAAGGUCAAGAUGUUUUAGAAACCUAGCAGCCUACAACUGAAGGAGGCUAGUAAAUAUAAAACAAAGAGAAACAAGAAUUUAUAGCUGAUAUAAAUUCGGAUGAUAAAAAGAACAAAGAUUGCUAAAUUCCUAUGUCACCAAUGCAAUAAAACGUUAUGAUAAAAAAUUAAUCCUACGUAUGCACUCCUUCCGAUGAAGAAGUACAAAAAAGUUAAUAGAGCUUGGAGAAUUUGUAGAAGCAAGAAAAUAUUCCAAUAUAAUAGGAAUUAAAAUAAGAGGUUUUGGAUUCAUAAAGCAAUAACAAUAUUGUCAGUAAGUUGGAGAUAAAUGAGCUGAGCUAAAUGAAAAAUGAUUAUGAAGCCAUAAUUUCAAAGAAAGAUGAGUAAAUAUAAAAUUUAGAAUAGCAAAAAUCUGAGUUAAAAGAAGUAAAUUUGUAGCUUGAAGUCUAAUUGAACAAUCUAUAAGGUUAAAAUUCAUAAAUGGAACAAAAUAAUUCUUAGCUUCAAAGCAGUAUUGAAUAAUUGAAGCAAAAUAUUGAAGUCAUAUAAAACAGUUAUACUCAGUUGCAAUAUAAUUAGAAUAUGCUUUUGUAAUAGCUUUAAUUUUAUUAAAAUAAAGAGCAAGAGCAAAUUAAUGAACAAAUAAAUCUCGCAAAAUUGAAAUAGGGGGCUAAAGAUAGUAUAAGCAACUGGGUUAACUAAUAAGAUGAAGCUACUAGUAUGGUCAUAUAAAAGAUCAAUUCUCAAUUAGGUUAAGUUUAGAUUAAUCCUAUCUAGAAAAUGUAAAGAGAAUCUAAAUUUAAUAUACCAUAGCAGCAAUCUAGCUUAAACAUUUUAAAUGUUAAUCAAAUCAAGCAAGCAAGUUCUUUAACUAGUAGUACUAAAAAAGUUUCUUUGCUGUAAAAGUUAAAGAUUAAACUUUCAAACAAAUAUAGUGACAAUCCACAAUCACAAAGUGUAAGUCCUUCUAAUACUUUAUAGAAUUUAGAAACUCCCACAUCCUAAAAUCUCAUAUUAAGUCAAAAAUUGCAAACAUUAAACUCAAAUCCAAACUAAAACUAAGACUUUUAAGUGUUAUAUUCAAAAAAAUCUAGUAAUAAAACCAGUGAAAACAAAAAAGAUGAGAUAUUUAAAUAGGAGAUUAUCCCUUAAUAAUAUCCUUAACCAUUUGAAUUACAAUAAAUGAUGGAAAGUUAAAUAGUUGAUAAAAUUUUACCAAGCUAAUUUCAAUAAUAAAAUGAGUUCUUUGAUUUAGAAUAAAUCAGCAAACCAAACCCUCAAAAUUAAGAUGAAUAACAAAAUGGAACCUCAGAAUAAAAUUUAGAUUAAAAUCCUUAUCAUAUUAAAAGUGAUUUUAAUUAGCCAAAAACUGCAUAUUUUACAAAUUAAAACCAAUAAGAUUAAAAUUAAGGUCAAUAUUAGUAAGAUAACUAAUUUUAUAACUAAUAACUUUAAAACUAAAAUUAAGUGAUGAAUGAUAAUUACUAAGGAUAGUACCAAUAACCAUACUACUAAAAUCCCCAGCAAAAUUUUACAUUUGCUCGUUAAUUUAAUAAUUAGAAUACAGAAAAUGUCAAUCCCAAUUAAUUUAUAAAUUAAUAAAAUAUCUAAUAAUAACCAUUUUCAUUUAAAUAAUAAGUUGUAGAUAACAAUCAAUAUUUUUAAAAUGGAUUUAAUCAAAUGGACAACAAUUAGAAUAAGUCAGGAAAUUAUAAUAACUAAUUUAAUUAAUAUCCCUAAUAACAAACAAUAAAUUAACAGAAUUAAGGUAUGAAUUAGCAAUAGUAAUUUGGAAGCAAUCAAAAGAUAUUAAAUUAGGAUAAUUAAGGAAAUGAAAUAAACUAAUUUGGAAACAUUAAUUAAUAAAAUAUCUAAUAAUAACCAUUUUCAUUUAAAUAGUAAGUUGUAGAUAACAAUCAAUAUUUUUAAAAUGGAUUUAAUCAAAUGGACAACAAUUAGAAUAAGUCAGGAAAUUAUAAUAACUAAUUUAAUUAAUAUCCCUAAUAACAAACAAUAAAUUAACAGAAUUAAGGUAUGAAUUAGCAAUAGUAAUUUGGAAGCAACCAAAAGAUAUUAAAUGAGGAUAAUUAAGGAAACGAAAUAAAUCCAGACACAAACAACUAACAAGGAGGAGUGCAAAAUGAUUCAGGAAACAAUUAGAACUAACUUGAAAAUAAUUAAUAUUUCUAAACAGGCUAAAAAAAUAAUCCUGGAAAUUAGAUAUAAUACUUUGGAAAUAAUCAAUAAGUUGGUUCAAAAAAUAAUUCUGGAGAUUAGAAAUAAUACUUUGGAAAUAAUUUCUAAUAAGGAGUUAUUCAAUAAGCAGUAGGUUUAUAAAAUAGUCCUGGAAAUUAGGUACAAUACUUUGGAAAUAAUUUCUAAUAAGGAAAUAAUCAAUAAGUUGGCUCAAAAAAUAAUUCAGGUAAUCAGAUAAAAUACUUUGGAAACAAUGCUCAACCUCAAAAGUAAAUGAUAAAUUAAGGGUUCUAAAAUAAUCAGUAGUAAUAAUAAGACGUAAAUUAAUAAUCUAAUGGUUAAAAUAACAAAUCAGGAAAUUAUAAAAAUUAAUUUUCUAAUAAUUCACAAGGAAAUAACUUAUAAAUGGGACAACCACAAUAAGCUUAUAAUAAUGCUUAAUUCUAAAAUAAUCCUUAAAACAUUAAUUAAUGGCAAUAAUAAUAAUUUAAAAUUGCUUAAACAAAUUUUGGAUAUGAUUUUAAAUAAGAUAAUAGCACAAUUGAUACAAAAAAUAUAAAUUUCACUCAACAAUAAUAUAGAUUUGCUUAAAACCCUUAAUUUUAAUCAUGA